ACAACACAACAUAUAGGGUAGAUAGAAGCUUUGCUAAUAUUUACUAUCAGUAAAACGGCGUGAAUUAACUUAACAAUGGCUUACGACUUAAAGAAGGAAUCAGACGUGAAGGAAUACAUUGAAAAGUUAGGCAUCGAAUAUCGAUUUGGCUGUUAUUCAGAAAAAAAACCAGAAGUGUGCCAUCUAUUGGGCGAUUAUCUGGAGGGAAUAAAGAAAGACUUUGAGAAAGCGGCCAAAGUAUACAAAUCAACAUGUGACGAUUAUGGUUACGCAAAGUCCUGCUACAAAUAUGGAAACUAUAGCUUUUUGGGUAAGGGCAAAAGCGGGACCAAAGGAGAGCCGCGCAUUGCCUAUCAAUACUAUGAAAAAGGUUGCAAUUUAAAUGAUUCCGAUGCGUGUUUGCAUUCCGGAUUGUUGCUAGUCUCGCGCUCGAUGCCCAAAGAAAUUGACAGAAACGUGGCCAAGGGCCUAGAGUUCUUGACUAAAAGCUGUGACAUGAACAAUGCUACAGCUUGUUUUUAUCUAUCCGGCAUGCACAUCUCUGGCGUACAGAAAAAACCUGAAGAUGCCGGUCAAUCAACGGGAGGCUCUAAUAUAUCUAGCAAAGGACUCAAAGACUCUGAUUUCAUUGUGUUAAAGGAUAUGAAGAAAGCUUUCCAGUUCGCAUACAAGGCGUGCGAAUUGCGUAACAUGUACGCCUGUGCAAACUUGAGUCAAAUGUAUGCACGCGGUGAUGGCAUCGAAAAGAACGAAAAGGAGGCUGAAAAGUACAAGAAACUAGCAUUGGAAAUGCAGGAUGAAAUAAAAAAGCAACAGGAGACGCUCACCUUUCAGCAAGGAUUGGGCAUGCCCAAUUGAUAACUCUAAUGGCCAUGCAAUAUUUAGUUAAACAAAUUUGGCUAAAAUAUUUGAAAAUUUUUUCUUCUGCGUUUAUAUAUUUGCUUUGCUGAUUUUAGAUAAAUUGUUGCCUUUAAGUUUAUUCCUAUAUCUGACUUACUUUUUAACAAAAAGUGACUAUUUAAUCUUACGCUCUGUUUUUAGUCACGCAUUAUCCUUGUGUAUAUAUGAAAAUUUUGCGUUUUGAAAUGUUUAAAUUACUUAGAUAUAAUUGUUAUCCGCACUGAGUGAGCAGUUUAGAUUCAAAGCAACAAAUCGGAAAGGUAAAUUGAUUUUCUUUGUAUUGUAAAAUUCUGUUGAUAUGUAUGUGUACAUAUGUAUAUGCAUAUUAUAUGAAAACAAGUUUA